AUGGUUCUCUCCAUCGAUCUGUUUCGUGUCGACAAGGGUGGGGAUCCUGAGAAGAUCCGUGACAGCCAGAGAAAGCGUUAUAAAAAUCCGGAAGAUGUAGACAAAGUCAUCGAUCUUGACAACCAGUGGCGUAAAGGUACGUUAAUUACGAACUCUUAUGCCUCUCUAUAGCGCGAUCAACGACUGACCAUCUGAAAAAGGUCAAAAAUUUCUGUAGCAAGGCAAUUGGGAAGAAGCUUAAGGUUGGUUUUAAGCGCUGUGUUUACUUUUGAAGGCAAAAGAACCAGAAGGGGAUGGUGAUGACUUGCCCGACGACUUGAAUAGCAAUAUUCUUGAAAUUACCCCUGAGGAUUUAGAUGUAAGCUACCUUGUUCGGCCAACUAUGCUGUCCUAACUAGAAACUCACAGUCCGUCAAAUUAAAGCCUUGUCGCCAAAGCUCGACGAUGCGAUAAAAGAACAACAAUUAUUGACUGUUGAUCUCGAGAAGCGGCGCAAUGACGUCUUAUUUGAAAUCGGGAAUAUACUUUACCACGAGGUGCCUGUCAGUGACAACGAGGUAAGAACGUCCCCAAUGUUUCAUUUCAUGGUAUUUUCCCAUUGUAUGGUAAAAUUGCCUGUUCAUAGUCACGAGAAAGAUUCUCUUCCCAUGUUUUUAUUCCCCUAUGCACCUGGUCAUCUGGUUUGAUAGACGAGGAUAGUCUACGGCUCAUAUGAGCCUUUUUUACAGUGCCUGAUCGUUCAUGUUUUCAUUGUUUUACAAAGGAAAACAACGCAGUCAUCCGUACCUCUGGUGACUGCUCUGUCCAUAAGCGGUAUUCCCAUGUGGAUCUGGUGACGAUGGUGGAUGGCUUUGACGGUGAGCGCGGAGCAACUGUCGCCGGGGCCCGUGGCUACUACCUGAAGGUAAGCAUAGCCCAAUAGAGACAAGACAGUUUGGCCCUUUGUUGUGUAUUUCUUCGUCGACUCAAGUGUGGGCAGCCUGAGCAUUGCUGUUCAGCCGCAAUCGGAGCGGUUCUACCCCAAUUCUGUCGCCUUUACAUACAUUUACUUCCAGUAACUUCUUUCGUACUGUUCUUUCUGCCAUCGUUGUAGGCUGUGCGCGAAAACAGCAUAAGCUGUUUGUCUGGGUUCUUAAUUGGUGGCACAAGUGGAUGUCGACAGGCGUUUUCUACUUUGCUGUUUCUUUCAUUGCCCUUAUAACUUAGGGGCUUAGCAUAGCAUAAAACAGAUGUAGGGUUUUUCGAAUUUCUGACUGACCAUGAGCGGACCUCAAGGUUGAACAUGUCUACUGGUGUUUAAAGUUUUUGCACGCACUAGCACGUUCGGGUUUGAUAUCCCUUGUUCACCCCUUCAUCCUGGUCGCGUUUGUAAAAGUCAAGUCGUUCCCGGAGUAGCCCGACUAUUUAUGUUGCUCGUCUGUUUACGUCCUCUUGAAAAACUGGGAUUAAGCUUGUGCAUACUUCCUAUUCGUUUAACUAUUAUGCGUUCAUCAUAUUUGCUUGAUCUUUUUCAGGGACCUCUCGUCUUCUUAGAACAAGCUCUAAUCAGCUUUGCCCUUGGGAUGCUGUACGAGCGUGGUUAUACCGCACUGUACACACCUUUCUUUAUGCGGAAAGAGAUCAUGCAGGAAGUUGCUCAACUGAGCCAGUUUGACGACGAGCUUUACAAGGUUAUCGGCAAACGCGAGGCUGCUGGUGAUCCCAGUGAUGCUAUCGAAGAAGAAAAAUACCUGAUUGCCACUUCAGAGCAACCGAUUGCCGCCUUCCAUCGCGAUGAGUGGCUUGCACCCUCCUCUCUCCCAAUCUGCUACGCUGGUAUUUCAUCCUGUUUCCGCCAGGAGGUUGGUAGCCAUGGUCGUGAUACCCGUGGAAUAUUCCGUGUCCACCAGUUCGAAAAGGUAUGCGUUCCGCAUUCCGCUUACUGACUUGCCUAAAUCACGCCAGCCUUUCGCGUUUGAGGGGGUUUUAACCGAUUUGUCUGAAUUGGUCGUUGCUUCUACUGUCUUUUCCAUACCUACGAUUUGUGUGGUUCUUUAGAGAAAUCCUUCAGGCAUGGCUUUUCUAUGAUUUUCAUUAUCUCUAGGCCACGAUACCCAAAAGCAGCCAAACUCUCAAAGGUGCCAACGGAUUAGCUACGCUUGUCAUGAACCAUCCCUAGGUAACUUUGGGAAUUCCCGUUUUCAGCCAUCAGACCAUGGGUCCAAUGGUUAACGACUUGGCCAACUGGCUAAAGAUUCCAAGCCUUCCCCGUCCGACGUCAGGUUAUGGCUAGCUGACAACAAACAUCACGAAUUACCCCUAUAGUCUUUCGGUCGCGUAUUGAUUGUCGCUGGUCCGUCGCUAUGCAACUCCCUCCGCGGACUCUUGAUCGAAGUACCAAGAUUAAGCGAACCACAGUGGGUAGGUAGGUAGGCUAGCCCUGUUUUGCUAUCUACAAGACAGUAUCUAUAUAAGCAAGAAGACAAACCCCGGGAAGCAGCUGAAGGGAACUCGAUCACCGGAACAAGAAUUGCAUUCCCCCAACGCUUUGGAUUCACACUCAAAUCCAUCAUUAGAUAGAUCAACAGAUGAAGGUGAUAGGCGCAUCUAGGAUGCGGUAUUUAUAGGAUGCACUUUGGCAGGCAAACACAUACCUGUCAUAAUUAACAUCUCCCAUAUCCUUCGUUGAUUGUGGUACUUGGUGUGUUGGUUGCUUACAAGCCACGCAUCCGAGUCGUUGCUAGUUUCAUCACCGUGGUUAGUUAUCGAUGUAGUAGUUGCUGAGCAGUUUGGCCCACUGAUACGCCACUGUAAACUAACAACCAUUAUCUCUGCGUUUCUGGUAAUGCGUUUGAGCGCGAAUCUAAAAUGUCAAACGGGUAAGAUGCCUGUUCUAGUAAUCGGGUUCCCUUUCUCUCAGGGAAUCGUAUUCCGCCCCACAAUCCAGUGGCAACUGCAGUACAAAAGACUGUCGGACUUCCGACCCAACAGCACUCCUAACUUGCGCCCUAUUUUUCUUUUACACCAUUAGACGUAAGUAUUGUUCUGAAGGCCCUUGCAGCUGGCCAUUAUAUUUGAAGGUCUAAAUAGACAGCAGGUAGUAUUUCUGGUCUUCUGGCAGGGAACUUAAUAUCCGUAAUGAAAAUAGGCGGCAGAAAACAUAGUGUUUUGUUGUCUACUAGCCACCAGGUAGACUUCGAAUUUAAGUAGUCCGUUUCGAAGCAUCUUCUGAAGGCUUAAGAACAUCCACUAGGAGAAUCUUCGUCAGCCAGACGGAAAUAAAUACGAAAACCCGCUUCGUAGUCUCUGCAUAAUUCUGGGAAUUAGGCCUGCAUGCAGCUCGUGUUGUAUUUCUGAUAUUCGCUCCGCGUCACGUUCAUUGUUUUAUUCAAGCAACCCUAAACUUAUAUGACGUGUCGCCUAUCUACUGUACAUCCACAACAUAUUUCUCCACACAAAAAAUCAUAUCUUUUAGGUUGAACAAUUUUGCCUGACCUCACCAUACGACAACCACUCGUGGGAUAUGUUCCACAAAAUGAUCCAGACGGCCGAAGCAUUCUAUCAGGUACGUUUAUGUCAUACCCACACCACUUUGGUAACAAGCGUUUUAAUCUCUGUCUGCCUUCUAAGCCCUUAAAGUCCACCGCCUUGUGCCAUGAGACCCAGUUUAGGUACGAUGGCGUAGGCGGCUACUCUGCCUCUCGCGCAGCCUGCUAUGGUGUGUGGCUGAGGUUAGUUUCAAGGGUAUGUGAAGUGAACCGCAAACUAAGAAAGCCCAGGGACCGAUGCAGGUGAACUGUGGAGGUGGUGCGGAGGAGCUAGGCUCGUCACCAUCACGAGCAAUUUUCAGGGCACAUCCGUUUCUUUCUGCUCCUUUUCUCUUUUUCUCCAUAUUCUGAUUCCCACCAGACUUUUGACGUCAUCGCUUGUGACACAGUCUAAGUUACCAUGUAAUUCGCGUGCCCGGGCUUGUCCUCUGGCUUCGGAUCGCUCAACUGCCAUUGAGGUACGCCAAGAUCGCUUUCCACCUUUUUGGCUUCACUUGGUUGUAUGUAUACUCAGACGCUUCGUGCCCUUGAAGCUUCGAUAACUUCCUUGCUUUUCGAACUGUAACAAUACUAGCCAGGCUGGAGGAGAUUAUGGGAUUGGAACACCAUUAUCCUGCUUCAUCUUGUGCCGGUUAUUGUUUAGGCACGCUUGUGUCGGAGUCUGCUUAGAACCCUAAGGCAAAUUUUCGAUCAAAGUACUCUUUAAAGGCUGGAUGACGCCACAGACUUGCUUUCCCUGGCUUCGAGGGGUUGCGUUUUUGGAAAGCGCAACUUCAAACUAUGCAGACCGCAACUGUAGUUUGGUAACACUCAAAUCUUUAUAAGUAUAUUAUUACCAGGUUAUCUUAUCACACACAAGGGAAGCAUGGCGGAGUGUUGGAGUUAGUUGGACGGGACAAAUUUCAAGCCUUUGAUACUGUCUUUCAUGGUGAAGCUCACAUGGCACCCGCACUUUUGACCACAAAUCACAGAUUUGGUCAACAUGAAAAGUGCAGGUUUUCUCAAUUCAGGCUGCCAGUAGAUUGGCCGUCACGAUUGCUCUUUAACGCUUUGAAAUCGAAGUGGACAGUUGAGGCGUCAGGGGAGCAGUAAAGUAGGGUAUUCUGAUGGUCACAGCUUAACGAGACCCUCGCGACAAUGAGAACACCCCUUGUGAACUGUCGGCCGCAGCUUUCUUCUCCUUUCUAUUGAGGUACUAUCGGUUUUUCCGGGGUUCUUUUACCCUUCGCUAAAGUAUAAAUUGCGAGGGCUGGACGCGCGCUUAAAAACUUACAGUUUUGUUUCCGCUGUUGGUCACUUGGCGCAAAUUUUCGAUUUCUAGGUCUUUGAAUUCCCUUUUUAAUUUCAGUUAACUACCUUGGAGGGUAUUUAUUAGACUACCUGAUGUCAAUGACUUGCGUUUUGUCAGUCACUUCACAGCACCUUGAUUUUUGAAUUUACAGGCCCUUGGUUUGCCGUAUCGAAUUGUUUCGAUUGUAUCUGGUGAGCUGAACAACGCUGCAGCGAUGAAGUAUGACCUGGAGGGUUGGUACCCGGGUUCAAAGGCCUUCAGAGAGCUGGUAUCAUGCAGCAACUGCACGGACUACCAGGCUCGUCGCCUGGCUGUACGAUAUGGUCAGACGAAGAAGAUGGAUAGAGAAGUGAGCUUAAUUUUCUUCAAAUUACCUGACCCACUCAAAAUCUUCAACUGCUCUAGAUUGCCUGUUCGGAUUUUCGGGUGUCAAGCGCACUUGAUCAACAGUUAGUCGUGGCCACCACUUCUAUAUGUUAGGCGGCACAAAUGUGUUUUCUUGCUCAUAUUCAUUGAGUCCAGUUCACCUUUAUUCCACGUACUUUACUCCGCCUCUGCAAAUUCAUUUGGUAAUGCAAUUUUUUGCAAUUGGCGCAACCCUCGAUUCGCCUUCAAAAUAGUGCGAAUCUAAUCAGAAGCCGACAUUACCAACCGGCAGGGAAUUCAGUGUAUGCUAGGGAAUAGUCAACUGCUUGUGUAGAAACAGGAAGAGUCAUAGCUAUUGGGGAGUGGAAAAUGAUGUGUCGAUCUCGAAAUAUUAUUCAACCGGCAUUAAGCUUUGAGUUUUCCCAGCAGUUUAAUCUGCACGUUUUAUACUUCUGAUUCAAGGUGGAGUACGUUCACAUGCUUAAUGCAACUAUGUGCGCUACGACGCGGGUUAUCUGUGCAAUCCUCGAGAAUUACCAAACAGAUGAUGGCAUUAUCGUCCCGGAAGUUCUUCGUCGCUUCAUGCCCCAAGGUUUGUUUUCUUCACAAGAAUUUUCUUCUUCCUCAGAUAAGGUCCAUUAGGCCGUAUUUCCUUACCUCUGGGAGCAAUAUUUAAUUUUAAAUCUCAUCCUCUAGGAAUCCACGAGAAAAUCAAAUUUGUAAUGGAGGCCCCAAUUGAUCAGCAGAGGGCGGCCUUAGAGAAGCUUUCCCUCAACAAAGAGGAUAAGCCGAAGCCGGCAGUGGACAACAAGACGAAGGGCACCAAACAGGCCGGGGUUCAGGACAAGGAGACAAAGGCCCCCGCUCAGAAGGGGGCCGCUGGUAAGCAGGAACCCCAGACAAAGGGUAAGAAGGCCGCCCAGGCCAGCACCAACACGGCCCCCGCUACCACAGUCAAGCCUAGCGAGGACCCUAAGCCUCCGGCCAACGGGCCUGCCGGAGAGGGCGGCGAUGCCCAACCCGAGCAGCAAUCCAAGGCCGAGAACAAGUCGCCUGCCAGCGAGGGCCACACCGCCCCAGCGGACGGUGCCGGAGCAGCAGCAGGUGGUCAAAAGAAGAAACGCAACCGAAAGAAGAAGUGA